GGAGGAGAAGGAAGGAGGAGGAACUCAUACAAAAGAUAAAACAUUUUAAUAGAACUUACCAGAAACUAGUAUUUGGGAGAAGUUUACAGAAACAUCAUCUACCAAACCAUUAUUGUUACCCUCCACGGCAAGAACCAAUGGAGUGGCUCUUACACAUCCCGCUGUUCCUGCUAACAGCCCUUUCUUUGGUGAUACAGACUCAGGAGAAUCAGGAGGCAUGGAGAAAAUUCAUUGAUAUUGAACAGGACCAUGCAUUUUUCCCACAGACCCUUCAGUUUUCCAUAAAGCAGUACAACAAGAACAGCAAUGACAAGUAUUUCUACCAGAUGACCCAGCUGAUUCGAGCCCAGGAACAGUUGUCAAGGGGAUUUGAGUAUCUCAUAGAUGUUGAACUCAGCAGAAGCAUAUGUACAAAAGACAUAGAAUUUGAUCCAGUUAACUGUAGCCUUCAAGAGGACCCAGAACUGUAUAAGGUAAUCAACUGUACUUUUUUUGUUUUUGCUGUACCUUGGAAUGGACAAUAUGAAUUGAGAAGCAGUAACUGUACUGAUGCUUAGCGAGGUUCCUGUGAGGAGCUACAGAGUCAGAUUUCCCUUUGAUCCAAACAAAUUCCUUCAAAAAGGAAGGAGAAUAGAAAAUCUCUGUAAGCAAGCAGAAGGAAAAAGAAACACAAGCUCUUCCAUGCACCUUUGGAAUCACUAAUUGACUCUGCUUUUUCUUUGUCUAUGAGCUACUUUCUAUGUAUCUCCUAGUGAUAAGAAAAUCUUUAAAUGAAUCAUAAUAAAAGCAAUAAUAACUGAUUAUAAA